AUGUCGCGAACCGAUGGAGAUGCAGAACAUGAACCUUCUAAGCCGGACCAUAACUCGAAGGCAAGCAGUAGCUCGGCAGACCACGAGGAAACAACCGCAGUCAAUGGAUUGAAUGGAGGCCUGGAGCCCGGAAACUUACUCCAUGUUGACCACAAGCCACGCUUAUUGCUGAUGGGCUUGAAGAGGAGUGGGAAGUCGUCGAUAUCAAACGUUGUUUUUCGUAAGAUGGCGCCUCACGAAACGUUAUUCCUGGAAACCACCACGACGAUCCGCAAAGAGGCCAUGCACUCGUUCAUGGACUUCCAAGUAUGGGAUCUGCCAGGCCAGAUCGACUACUUAGAUCCAGAAUUCGACGCAGAAAGUAUCUUCGGCGGCGUUGGCGCAAUGAUCUGGGUCCUCGACGCGAUAGACAACUACAUGGAGCCAGUCAGCCGCCUAACAGAAACGAUCUUGCAUCUACAGCAUUCCUACCCCGACAUCAAGUACUCAGUCUUCAUUCACAAGGUUGACUCCCUCACCGAAGACUUUCGCGACGACACAAUGCGAGAUGUACGUCAGCGCAUCACGGAUGACCUCUACGAUGCUGGCCUUGAAAACCCACCCAUCACAUAUUACGGCACUUCGAUCUAUGAUCACAGUAUUUUUGAAGCGUUCAGCAAAGUCAUGCAAGGACUCGUACCUCAGCUUCCGACGUUUGAGGCUCUGCUCAAUACUGUUUCGGCAUCGUGCAGAUUCGAAAAGGCCUACCUGUUUGAUGUCUACAGCAAAGUCUAUAUUGCUUCAGAUACGACCCCUAUAGACAUGAAAGCUUAUGAGCUUUGUGCGGACUUGAUCGAUAUCAUCGUGGAUAUGUCCGAGGUGUAUGGCUGGGAUCGAGGAAAGGAUCAGCAGGAGAUCGAUCCCUCGAAAGCCGUGGCAGCUCAAAGUGCAGAGUCUUUCGUCAGCAACAUUAAAGGCUAUCAUUUGUAUCUCAAGGAGAUCAACAGAAAUCUGUCAUUCAUCGGCAUCUCCAACAAUUCCGAUUUUGAGUCUGGCAAGGUUCUCGUCGACCAAAACAUGCAAGCAUUUCAGGAUACGUUGCUUAAGGUUUUUCCGCGCGGUUGA